AUGGCCUCCUCUUCUUCCAUGUCCGUAUCGGUGGAAUGCGUCAACUUGUGUCAUUUCCCUAAAGGAGAUACAAGUGCUAGAUAUGACUGUAGCGUGCUGUCUUGUGCCUGGAAAGCUCCAAGAGUAUUGACUGGAUUUCUUGCUAGCACAGCGCACCCUCCGGUUUGCUCAUCAUUGAUUUGCACCCAGAGCAGAAGGAAUCACUUGAAAUUUUGUCAGAAACACGAGGCCUUCAAAGUGAACAGAAUUUGUGCAAGUGAAUCUGGUGAAUCUCCCAUUUACAAGAGACUCUUACGAGCAAAAUUGGUUCAUGAAUUUGAUAGAAGAUGGGAAUCAUGCUGCUCUUCAUGUCCUUCCUCAAGCGUCUCGGAAGAAAUUUCUCCAGAAAGUCUGUGGGAGGAUCUCAAGCCCACUGUAUCAUACCUUUCACCACAAGAAUUGGAUUUGGUCCACUGUGCUCUUAAGCUUGCUUUUCAGGCUCAUGAUGGGCAGAAACGUCGCAGUGGCGAGCCCUUCAUCAUUCAUCCUGUUGAAGUUGCUCGGAUUUUAGGCGAACUUGGAUUGGAUUGGGAGUCGAUUGCUGCAGGAUUGCUGCAUGAUACCGUCGAGGAUACAAAUGUUGUAACUUUUGAAAGAAUAGAAAAAGAAUUUGGGCCUGUUGUCCGCCACAUUGUAGAAGGAGAGACUAAGGUCUCCAAACUUGGAAAACUGAAGUGUAAGAAUGAGAACAAUUCUGUGCAAGAUGUAAAGGCUGAUGACUUGCGACAGAUGUUUCUUGCCAUGACUGAAGAGGUCCGUGUUAUCAUUGUGAAGUUAGCGGACAGAUUGCAUAACAUGCGAACUCUCUCGCACAUGCCACCUCAUAAACAGUCGAGCAUUGCAACAGAAACGCUUCAGGUUUUUGCUCCUCUUGCAAAGUUAUUAGGAAUGUAUCAGAUCAAGUCGGAGCUUGAAAACUUGUCAUUCAUGUAUACAAAUCCCGAAGAUUAUGCCAGAAUCAAGAGGAGAGUUGCAGAGCUCUGUAAAGAACACGAGAAAGAAAUUUUGGAGGCCAACAAGAUUUUGGAGAAGAAGAUUGAAGAGGACCAGUUCCUAGACCUGGUGACUGUACACACUGAAGUUCGCUCAGCAUGCAAGGAGCCUUACAGCAUUUACAAAGCAGUGCUAAAAUCCAAGGGCUCCAUCAAUGAAGUCAAUCAAAUAGCGCAGCUUCGGAUCAUUGUAAGGCCAAAGCCAUCAAGUGGAGUUAGGCCUUUGUGCAGCCCUCAACAGAUUUGCUACCAUGUGCUUGGCUUGGUCCAUGGGAUCUGGACUCCAAUCCCUCGUGCUAUGAAGGACUACAUUGCUACCCCUAAGCCUAAUGGAUAUCAAAGUUUACAGACAACUGUGAUCCCAUUUCUGUAUGAAAGCAUGUUCCGGCUGGAAGUACAGAUAAGGACUGAAGAGAUGAACCUUAUUGCCGAGAGAGGCAUUGCUACUCAUUACAGUGGGAGAGGGAAUAUUACUGGGCUAGUUGGACAUGCCAAGCCUGGUGGUAGGAGUUCAAGAGGCAAAACUAUCUGUCUCAAUAAUGCAAACAUUGCACUAAGGGUUGGUUGGCUAAAUGCAAUUAGAGAAUGGCAAGAAGAGUUUGUUGGCAAUAUGAGCUCUAGAGAGUUUGUGGAUACAAUUACCAGAGACUUGUUAGGUAGUCGCGUGUUUGUAUUCACACCAAGGGGAGAGAUUAAAAAUUUGCCGAAAGGGGCUACUGUCAUUGACUAUGCGUACAUGAUACACACUGAAGUUGGCAACAAGAUGGUGGCUGCAAAGGUCAAUGGCAAUCUUGUUACUCCAAUGCACAUCCUUGCUAAUGCAGAAGUUGUGGAGAUAAUUACCUACAAUGCUCUCUCUAGCAAAUCAGCUUUUCAGAGGCAUAAACAAUGGUUACAAUAUGCAAGGACCCGCAGUGCCAGGCACAAAAUAAUGAAAUUUUUGCGAGAACAAGCUGCUCUAUCUGCCAGUGAAAUAACAGCAGAUAGUGUGAAUGACUUUGUUGCCGACUCAGAAGAGGAGAGUGAGGCAGAUGAUCUCUCUGACAAAACGAAGCAGAGUAGGCCUUUUUGGGAGAAGAUCUUUGUAAGUGUUGUUGACAAGUCAUCUGGUGGACAAGGAUCUGAUGGCUCAUCUGUUACCAAUGGAAGUAUUUGGUCCCCAAAGGUUAAUGGAAAACAUAACAAGCAUUUACGAAAUGCGAGUUUACCGGCUGAGGGGCUAUCGCAGGGAAAUGGUGUUGCUGGUUUGAUUCAAGCUAAUAUUCCAGCGUACAAGGAAGUUUUGCCUGGACUUGAGAACUGGCAAGCAAGCAAGGUUGCUUCCUGGCACAAUCUUGAAGGGCACUCAAUUCAGUGGUUAUGUGUGGUCUGCAUAAACAGAAAAGGGAUGAUGGCUGAUAUUACAUCUGCGCUAGCAGCUGUGGACAUCAGCAUAUGCUCCUGUGUGGCUGAGAUUGACCGAGGGCGUGGAAUGGCAGUUUUAUUGUUUCAUAUAGAAGCGAACCUUGAUAAUUUGGUUCAGGCUUGCUCAGGUGUAGAUCUUAUCCUGGGCGUUUUGGGAUGGUCGACAGGCUGUACAUGGCCUAUCUCAAUGGAAAGUCACCAGUAUCUUGAAUGCUAG